AUGACUACCACCUUCUCUUCUCUGCCUGUUGUCGACGUCGGCCCUCUCGGGUCUCCUGCUGGAGCAUCCGAGGCAGAGUUGACGGCGUUGAGCCAACGUCUAUACAGCGUCUUCGCCACGACGGGUUUCGCUUACUUAGUCAAUGUACCCUUGAGUUGCAAUCAUGAGGAGGUCUUCGCAAUGUCGAAAGAGUUCUUCUCACUUCCACAGGAGGAAAAAAUGAGACUGGCGAAGCGAUCAUUCCGACCUGAUCACGCCAACACUUAUCGAGGAUACUUUCCUACACAGCCAGAGUUAGCAUCUGAUAACUUGAAAGAAGGUUUCGAGAUGGGACCCGCCGAGCCGAUUCGCACGAAAUCUACCGUUUCCUCAUCCUCGAAAUUCGAUCUUGCUGAGCCAAAUGUCUGGCCAGAAGUGGACAAGCUCCCCGCGCGUCCGAAGUUGGAAACCCUAUAUAUCGAACUCCAGUCGCUGGCUUCGAAAUUAUUAUCCCUGUUGGCCGUUUCACUGGGCAAGACGGCGGAUUAUUUCGCGCCGUACCUGACAGACUCAUUGAGUACCUUGCGUCUCCUCCACUAUCCGCCAGUUGCAUCAGCGGUGUCAGGAUCUGGUGCAGAUACAUCAGAGGUCAAGUUGAGCUGCACCCCACACACCGACAGUGGCAUCCUGACCCUGCUGCACCAGGAUUCCACGGGUGGUCUGGAAGUGCGCAAUUCCUCUGGCGAGUGGGUUCCGGCGCCGUACAUCCUGAAAUCUCUUGUAGUGAACAUCGGCGAUCUAAUGGCCAAGGUGUCUGGCGGACGUUUCGUGGCUACCAUGCACCGAGUCCGCGCCCCCAGCCCAAGUCCCUCAGUGACUACUAAAGGUGGACAGCAGAAUGGCAGCCAAGCGAUUGGUCGCAUCAGUGUUCCGUUCUUUUUCGAACCUGGCGAGAACAGCUUGGUGAGGUCCGUUGAUGGGGAUGAAGGAUUCGUGCUCUAUGGUGAGCGCGUGCGGGCGAAGAUGAAGACCUGGGUUGAAUUCCAGGACAAUGACAACUAA